AUGAAUAUGAAUGAGCUUGUGCGUUUAGGGACACGGCCUCGAUCAAAGCUCCCGUCUCUAGAUGGUACGUUCACGACGGCAUCUUUAUACAUUGAGGCCCUAGCACAGCUCAAUAUCCAACAUUUACUCUACCAGAGGAAUGAUGCGGUCCAAUCUGCAGAUGACUGUCGCCGGAAGUUUGUGGCUAGACAGCUGUUUCACAAGCUUGCUAGAGACAAGAAAUUGUCUCUUCUAUCUAAUGAGCAUGGUCCAUUCAAGCUGUGGUGCGACGACUUCCGGCCAGUUAAUGCUCUUCUCAAUGAAUACCUACAUAUUGCCGGUGUGGUGGAUUGGGAGUUCACCUAUGCUGCACCAGUGGAGUUCCCACACGCGCCGCCCUGGUGGCUUUUUAUCGAGAAACCCGAGUUCUGGUCUGCGGGGAUCGAAGACUGGACCCGAGUAUUCGAUCGUCGCCUCAAGACAUUCCUCACUGCAAUGAGACAUUGUGAAGAUAUAGCCGCUCAGCAAGGCCCACCCCGGCUCUCGGAUCAGAUGCAGCAGAGCUGGGAGAGUGGAGAUUUCUGGGUGGCGUAUGCAAUUCUGCACAGCUUUGCGUUUGACUCGAUCUAUUGGCAGAAGAUUGACCGGCGGUUUUUCGGGCAAACGGAGACGGACGAUCCUAGCGAGGCAUGGAAAGAGCGAUUGGUCUUGUUGAAUGACACCCAAAGGAGUGAGAUGGAACAGCUGGUGGUGAGGAAGCUUGGAGAGGUGGGAUCCGGACGAGUAUACUGA